UGAUGAAUAAUCUAAUAAUUUUUAGCCCAAAUAUGGAAAUGAAUUCAGAUAUUUUUAGAGGGAGGAAAGGAUAGAUUCUUUCUCCAAACCAAUCCAACUAAUGUUUGUUCUUGCACAGCAAAUUUUCACGUUGUAAUUAAUGAGAGAUUUUUCUAUUUUUUUUCCUUUUUUCCAGCCGAGUCUCUGUCUGGUUGGAGAAAGCUAUAAAUCCUCAUGGACUUCUGCAACACCUAAUAAAAAAUUCCUAUACUCUUAGCAUAUAAGAAAAGAAUAUCUCACCAAAGACACGUGUACGGCUCUAGCUUCCCAAGUUGCUCGCUUAAGUCAAUUUCUCCCUUUCAAAAAAUCAAACCGGACGUAAAUUUUUAGUCCCUCAGUGGGUUUCUCAUUUUUCCUCCCUCAAUCGAUCGUCAGAAACUUUUUCAACAUGGGUACAAGAUCCAAACCCAUUACUACUGCUCUUUUCCUUUGCUUCCUUCUGUUGCCUUUGGUUUUUGCUGCACAUAAUGAUGGAUUGGUCAGAAUUGGACUGAAAAAGAGGAAGUUCGAUCAAAACAACCUUGUGGCUGCGCAGUUUGAGUCCAAAGAAGGAGAGUCAUUGCGAACUUCUUUUAAAAAGUAUCAUUUCCAUGGGAAUUUAGGUGAUGCAGAAGAUAUUGAUAUAAUAUCACUAAAGAAUUACAUGGAUGCCCAGUAUUUUGGUGAGAUUGGUAUUGGUACUCCCCCACAGAAGUUCACUGUGAUAUUUGACACUGGUAGUUCUAAUCUCUGGGUGCCCUCUUCCAAGUGCUAUUUUUCAGUUGCCUGCUAUUUCCAUUCCAGGUACAAGUCUGGCCAUUCAAGCACCUACAAGAAGAAUGGAAAAUCAGCAGAUAUCCAUUAUGGAACUGGUGCUAUUUCUGGCUUCUUUAGUCAAGACCAUGUAAAAGUUGGUGGUCUUGUGGUCAAGGAUCAGGAAUUUAUUGAAGCUACUAAGGAGCCCAGCAUCACGUUCUUGGUAGCAAAGUUUGAUGGUAUACUUGGACUUGGAUUCGAAGAGAUAUCAGUUGGAAAGGCUGUACCUGUGUGGUACAACAUGGUCAAUCAGGGUCUUGUUAAAGAACCUGUUUUCUCAUUUUGGUUUAACCGCAAUGCUGAUGAAGAUGAAGGAGGUGAGAUCGUUUUUGGUGGGAUGGAUCCCAAGCAUUACAAGGGUGAGCAUACAUACGUCCCUGUGACACAGAAAGGGUAUUGGCAGUUUAACAUGGGUGACGUCUUGAUUGAUGGUAAAACAACUGGAAUUUGUGGCAGUGGCUGUGCAGCAAUUGCUGACUCUGGAACUUCUUUGUUGGCUGGACCUACUGGCAUCAUUGCUGAGGUAAACCAUGCCAUUGGAGCAACUGGAAUUGUUAGUCAAGAAUGCAAGGCUGUUGUUGCUCAAUAUGGAGAAACCAUAAUUGAGAUGCUUUUAGCAAAGGACCAACCACAAAAAAUUUGCUCACAAAUUGGUUUGUGCACAUUUGAUGGUUCUCGAGGUGUAAGUGUGGGCAUUAAGAGUGUCGUGAAUGAGAAUAUUCAGGGAGUGGCUAGUGGUUUGCGUGAUGCAAUGUGCUCUACUUGUGAGAUGGCAGUUGUAUGGAUGCAGAAUCAGCUCAAGCUGAAUAACACUCAGGAGCGCAUACUUAACUAUGCCAAUGAGCUAUGUGAACGAUUGCCCAGUCCAAUGGGAGAAUCAGCAGUAGAUUGUGGUGGUUUGUCUACCAUGCCUAAUGUUUCAUUUACAAUUGGUGGGAAGGUUUUUGACCUCUCCCCUGAGCAGUAUGUCCUCAAAGUGGGUGAGGGAGAAGCCGCCCAAUGCAUUAGUGGAUUUACAGCUUUAGAUGUGCCCCCACCUCGUGGUCCCCUCUGGAUAUUGGGAGAUGUUUUCAUGGGUCGCUUCCAUACAGUAUUCGACUAUGGUAAUAAGAGAGUUGGAUUUGCGGAAGCUGCAUAAAUAAUUAUCCCUCGUUCAUCUGUAUGCUUUUUACAUGAAAGUGUUUCGUGGCCGACCUUGACUUGCCAGAAUGUAAAUAUCAGAACAGUAAUGUGGCUUGUUAUGUUGUCAAACUAGUACAAUACCUUCACAUCUCGUAGUAUGAAGGUUGACAAUAUGAAUGUUGGGUCUUGGAAAAGAGCCUUAAAUAAUAGUAUAUGUAAAUUUUAUAAUCA